UAGGCACACUUGCAGCUACAAACGCGAAAUUCGAAGCUAUACCGUCUUUCGCCGGUGGCAUACCUAGCAGUGGCACGGCAGAAACCGCUGCUCCGACACUUGCUUCGACAUCAAAGGCAGCUCCGAAGCUUUUUCAAGACCCUCCUAAAAGCAAAUUUGCACCUCUUGUUAUGGAAGUUGCUCUUGCGGCUAAAACGAAUCAUGCCGGGGAAGGGUAUGAUGAGGCAGAAGGCUAUAACUACGACGACAUUGGAUAUUACGAUGCCGGCGGUUACGACGACGGUGGAUACGAUGACGGCGGAUACGAUCGGUAUGAGUAUGACGAGGAAACCUAUGGUGCUGGUGAUUACCACGAUCCUCAAGCGGACGGAGGAGCAAGGCGACUUCAGAAAAUAGUAGUUACCCAAGCUGCUAAGAAGAAUACUCCCAAAAGCAACGACGCGUCUCCCAGUCGUUCGUCUCCCAGUAGGUCUCGUGCUGACAACAAGGACGCGAGCAAGAAGUUCAGCGCUGGACGCAUGCCAGCAAAGGCGGUUGAUCAGGGCAAGGCGAGGGCAGCUCGCGAGGCUGAAGUAGCUGACAAUGCGCGGAUUCCGCUUCGGACAAUGAGGUCAGAGAAGAAGCGAACACGCCCAGGACUGAUAGGUCGCGCUCAAGACUUCGUCGGCGGGCUCAGCGUGCCAGGUACAAAUCUUCUAACAGAUAAUAGCGACAAAAGUGCAGUAGAUGAUAAGAAUCAAACUGGAGCAGGAGCUGCCAAAAGAAAAGCUGCAGGAAAAACAUCAGCCAUAAGCGGAACCGGUACUAGUAGGCGGGAAACGCUAUCUCCAUCGAGAAACGCUGACAACUACAUGGGUGCGGCUGAUGGCGCAGGCGACGCUUUAGCACUCGCAAUGCAGGGCGUGUCUGGUGCAGUCGCUGGUGUACAGGAUGUUGCAGCACGGACCUUGGCGGGUCAGCCGGUGAAAUCUCAGGACGAAAUGCUUCAUGAACUAGAGCGGGAGUUCGGCGGACACUUGGACGAAGAAGAAGAAGAAGAGGUGGAUGAUCCGAACUACGACCCGUAUUGGAGCGGACAGGGCUACGAUGCUGCACAGGACAUGUUGGGCUACAAAGGUGGGAAGAACGGGAUCAAUUACACCUCUAGUGAAAAAAAUAGAGAUGAUCAAACUUAUAGUUCUGCUCCCUAUGCGCAGCAGUUCGGUAGAGGACCAUGUCGUCAACCAAGAGAAGCUGCAGUUGUGGAAUCCAACACAGCUGAGGGCGGCUAUGAAGAUUACAACACCUCCGAAAAUGGAGAGAGAGAAUUUGGAGAUGGAUACUAUAACGACGGUGGGGAGUAUGAGUACCACGAUUACGAGGAAGGCGCUCAAGAUGACGCCGAACGUGAGUACGACGAUUAUGAUGCUGAGGGCGGCGAUAACGAUUUCGUUCCGAAGAUCUCGUUUACGCGCAGACGAGACCAGGCUGAAAUGUUGGGCGGACAGGAAGAGUUCGAACACACCCACGAUGAACACGAGGAAUUGCAUAGCUUGGAGCUUGAGAAAAUCGCACCCAUGAUUCCGGAACACUACGGCGACUUCGAUUUCGAGAACUACGGCUUUUUCCUUGUCGCGCUCGACGUCGGAGUGGGCACGGUAGGCCCAGAUAGAAGGUUAGAGUUACGGAAAGAUUCGGGAUUGAAGAGAUAGCCUCCUGUGAGUGCAGACGAAAGAAGUGCAGCAUUAUCAUACAUGCUAAAGAAGGACGGCAUCAGUCAAUCAUUUACAUCUGGGUCACAACUUAAUAUUAUACAUAAAAAUCGUCCUCCAAAGUGUUAGAUGAAUUUUUCAGACUCAUCCUCCACGUUUUUUUUAGUUCGAAUGACCUAGCGCUAGUGUUCUAAUUUCAGCGAACGAAAACGAUAGGAAAAUCGAAGACUUGGGGUUUCGUGUCGCGCGCUCCCGAAACGCUAAGCCCGGCACCUUGGAGCAUCAGUGUCCUAAAGUGCGCAGUCUCGUGGAACACGGAUGGGGAUACAAUCAUCUACUUGAAAAGGGUGAUCUAAUAGUAUGGAUCGGGCACUUUUUGGCUCGGCAUCUGAGGCAGAGGGAAAUACGGGAAAAACUGGCAAAGGAGCGUCCGCUCCAGAUCAUUUUUGCGAGACGUGUUGCAGCAGUAUGGGAGGCGUGAUUGCUUAUCCUCGAAAAUGAACUCGAGAUUCAAGCAGAAGUUCUUCUUCGUUUUCACAAUUCAUUGGGUGGUAUAAAUAUCGUUAGGUUUUGCGAACUGUUUGUGUUGUGUCUCCGUAUGUUUUUAAACACUAAAUUACCGAUCAGGACGAGACAUUUUUGCAGCGACAAUUUACCGAAUCGAAAUCGAUCUACUAGAUUCUAUUGCUUUUUUCCAGAGCAAAAGUACUGGUCUCGUGUUGUCUUAUUUCCUAGAAAACGCUGAUUUGAUUUCGCUGUCUGAUACAUUUGAUGCGGCUGAUUUUCACAUACAAGGCAUUGGCAAUAAGGCUGAAUUGAGAUUAGGUUUGAAGAGGUGUUGUAGACUGACACAACAAAAGAUGUUGAGCCGUUCAAGGCAGAAGACAUAGCCCUAUGGCAGGCUGAUGUGUGAGACGAGAGAGAGAAAAGAU